CUUAUCGUGUGACCAGGAAGAACCCGGUUGCUGUAUAAUUGAGUUGUGUUUUAAAAUGCCGCAGAAAUGAUUCUUUUUAUAAUUUUUAUAUGGACUAGCUUUCUUCAAGAUUCUUUCGGAUACAUUUUAUCCGAAGGACGGAUCUCGUGGUUAGAAGCUGCUAAAAUCCAGAAAUUUGCUACUCCAGAUAUAUUUUCUUUAAAAAGUUUCACAAACCUACUGGAAGAUGGAGGAGAAACUUGGGUAGGAUAUUUUCAAAUGAAUACUGCAUUUGCAUAUGUUGGUUGCACGUCUAUAGAUGGACAUCCUCACGUUACCUUUUCCUCUAUACACAAAAAUUCUCCCGGCUUAUGUUUAACAUUUUGCAAAAGAAUGAAAAUGGCACGAUCAAUUGUCGGAUUAAGCCGUGACAAGUGCCUUUGCCUGAGAAUGUUACCUAGCAGAGAUCUUCACAAGACUGGCUGUCACUUACAGAAUUCUGUCUGGGUAGCCGGUGAUGGGGAUAAGUUAAUGUCCAUAUACGAAAAGAAAGAUAUUUUUGGAUCUGGUGGAACUAAUGAUGUGCAAUGCUUGGCGUUUCAUAAAUACUCAAGUAGUGCGUCUUGGAACGGAUGCCGACAAUACAAGAAAUGUUUAUGCAAAGCAAAAGGUAAUAUAUAAGGAGCAAAGAUUUAUAACAUAAUAUUAAAAUCGACAGUUUUCAAUAAGUUUUAUCCUAAUAUACAGAAUGCGUAUUUACAUGCCACUGAAUUAUGUCAAUUAUGUUCGAAUUUAUCUAAAUGAAUAACAACAGAAGUUAUUUGUUAUCAAUGGCUUAAUGCA